AUGCUGAGUUCAGAUCUGUUGCUCACGCACUACGACCCGACGCUGCCGAUCGUUGUUGCUGCAGAUGCUUUUAACCACGGAGUUGGUGCCGUCAUCUCACAUACUUUUUCUGAUGGGUCUGAAAAGGCGAUCAUGCAUGCAUCUCGCACGCUAACCCCUGCGGAGAAGAACUAUGGGCAAAUAGAGAAAGAAGCUCUAGCCCUCGUGUUUGCCGUCAAGAAAUUUCACAAACUGUUGUACGGUCGCCACUUCACGUUGUUGACGGAUCACAAACCGUUGCUGUCAAUCUUCGGUUCGAAGAAGGGCAUUCCCGUCUACUCAGCCAGCCAACUUCAACGAUGGGCAACCAUCCUUCUUGGCUACGACUUCGACAUUCGCUACUGUCGUACUACAGACUUUGGUCAGGCUGACGCCCUUUCUCGCCUCAUCAGCAAUCAGCAGGAACCGGAGGAAGAUACCGUGAUUGCAGCUAUUUCGAUUGAGGACGGUGUGCGCCGUCAGCUAUCAGACGCCAUACGAGGUAUCCCUGUCACUGCCGCGGACAUCCGACGUGCUACUGAACAGGAUCCUGUCCUCCGCCAGGCCAUCACCUACGUGCAGACCUGCUGGCCAACCACUGCUCUCGCUGGCGAUCUUCGCCAGCUCUUCCUCCGCCGAGCAUCGCUAUCUGUGGUUGACUCCUGCCUCAUGUUUGCAGACCGUGUGGUGAUCCCAUCUUCCCUCCGACCCACUGUACUACGCCAGUUCCAUGCGGCUCAUCCUGGUGCCAGCCGAAUGAAGUCAAUUGCUCGCGGUUUUGUUUACUGGCCGGGUAUCGACGGCGACAUCGACGACCUGGUUCGACGCUGUUCUCGAUGUCAGCAAGCUGCCAAGAUGCCGCCUCGUCAACCGCCAGUACCAUGGGAACCAUCAGAGAGGCCUUGGUCACGCGUGCACAUCGACUUCGCCGGCCCACUUAACGGAGUCUCCUACCUAAUCUUGGUUGACGCCUACUCGAAAUGGCCCGAGAUUGCUCCGCUGAAUCCAGCAACCGCAUCUGCCACUAUCGCCUUCCUACGACGCAUCUUUAGCCAGCAUGGCUUACCAGAAGUCCUGGUUUCAGAUAAUGGUUCUCAGUUUAUCUCGUCGACGUUUGAAGAUUUCUGCCGCCAGCACAACAUCCAGCAUCUUCGCUCCCCGCCCUACCAUCCUCAGUCUAACGGUCAGGCGGAGCGUUUUUUCGACACGUUUAAGAGAGCCCACUUGAAAGCUCGUGGGGAGGGGACCACGGACGAGAUAGUCCAGGCGUUCCUGUUUUCCUACAGGACGACACCGAACCCGGCCUCCCCUGGUGGCGUUUCUCCUGCCGAAGCGUUGAUGGGCCGAAAACUGCGUACAACGUUUCAUGCCCUCGUCCCUACCGGUGCGCAGCCCGCGCAGACUUCUCCAGUUUCUCGCAGCAAGCUCUCCAUCGGAACACCUGUCUUCGUUCGUGAUUAUCGAGCGGGGUUCCCAGACUGGAUUGAAGCAACCGUAGUAUCGCACAGAGGCAGUAUGUUGUUUGACGUCGACGUUGGUGAUGACAUCUGGGUUCGCCACCACAACCAGAUCCGACGGCGACAUUGCAGUAACACAACUGGGCUCGAUUCGGCGCCGUCACUCUCUCUCGACAUCCUACUGGAUACCUUCGCCAUUCCGGCAGAUCAGUCGGUUCCCGAAUCCACUUCUGCGCCCCCUUCGGAUACACCAUCUUCGGUAUCAGUUACCGCUCCCGUAUCUCCAGGCAUUAAACCACGACUAAGACGCCGGACCAACCGCGUGCGCCGAUCAACACGUCUGAUGCAGGUCAACCCACGCUAG